CAGUGACCAUCUUGAAUCAGUACAAUGUUCUUCUGGGAAACCUUUGGACCUGGCAUUCAUGUGGAUGUGGACUUAGACAUGUACCACCCACCUAGACCAGACCAGGCACCCCCACCCCAUAACAGUGACACUCCUUGAUGCCAGCAGCCAUCCCCAGUAAGACGCACAAAGGAGACCUAGACAAUAUUAGGAAUGUGGUCAUAAUGUUAUGCCUGAUCUGCGUGUAUACCCCUGUCCUGUGAGUGAACAACUCCUCCACCUUGCGUCGCCACGAGGUAACUGCGCGAGAAACCACUUCCCCGUCUUCAGCUUCGAUCGGCUCUUCCUGACGUGGCGGGUCGCUAAAGGUCCGCUUAUUUCUCCGUGUGCUGCAGCGAUUGGGCAAACCACCUGUUUGGCAGAUUUUUUACAAAUAAAAUGUAAAUACACAGGUGGCGGCGACACGGGCUCGCUGUGUGGUUUAUGUAAAUAAAACAGAAGUGAAACCGUGGCAGUCUGGCUUGCAGGCGCGGCUCUCAAACGCAAUGUCUGGCAGAUAGUUGAGGGGAAGACUUUGGAUUUUAAUAAGAGGUGACAGGUGCGCAGUCAUGCCCCAGCAGCUCAGCCCCGCCGCGGUGCUGCAGGUCGCGCUGCUGCUCUCCGCUGUGCCUGCGCAGUACAUCAUCUCCAAGUGGAGCGGCUCCACGGCGGCGCAGCGCUUCCAUGCCACCACACGACUGCUUCGAGUCUGGAACGAGUGGAGAAUGUCAUACCUCAAUGUCACUGCGUGGACGGACUGGACAAGCCAGCAGAUGUCUAAAGUCAAGUCUCUGGUUGGUUUGGGACAGGACGGUCAAGAGACACAAGGGUCCCCUCCUGUAGAGAUGAUGCUUUUUGACAAUGACCAGGGAUACUUUGGAGCCUCAAAGACAGUGCGCAGCCCUCGCCCCCCUUAUGUGUUUCUGCGGGUCGGAGAGGUGGUGCUGGAGAGGAAGGGUCACAUGGUCGGAGUGGUGGUGAGCUGGGACCCCGAGCUGCGAGCUCCACAAGAAUGGAUCAACAAAGUUUAUUCCAACUCUGAGGAACCCAAAGCUGAAAACACGCCUCACUACAAGGUGCUGUUCAGCGGACCCGGGCCCUCCUCUCUGUUAGUCGCGUACUUACCUCAGACACAACUGGAGCGUAUCACUGGGAUGAGGCCGGACAUCCCCACCCUGGAGAAUUACUUCACACACUUUGAUGGGAACCGGUUCGUCAUGCAGCCCUGGCUCAGACAGCUCUUCCCGGAGGAUGAGGAUGAAGACGCUGGAGUCUGAGAGGCCUAUCCAAGAGACAAUUUGAUGUUCCGUGCAAUUCCUCAGCAAGUUAUUUUCUGCGUUAUCCACGGGGAUCUACGACGACUGGAUACUGGAUUAUUUGAUUUCUUCGGGAGAAUGUUAUUGAUCGGGUAGCCUUCAGAGCCAAGCUCUGCACAUUAAUGAAGGAGUCCCUCCGGUCUGGAACUCAGGGUGUAUUUUAGGCAGACCAUGAAUAUUUGCACUAAUGAAUGGAAUGCCGUCAACUGAGCUCAUCGGUUGCCACCUUUAUUUCUAUGAGAGGUAAAAAUAUACAGUAUUUUAAUUAAACGUGCCUUACAAAUGUAUAUAAAACAUUUAAUUGAAAAACUGCUGGUUGAUCUGAAUAUUAAACAACAAACAUGAAUGUUUCGUUAAAUAAUGAUAAAUGCUUGAAAUUAUUUUUUUACACCAGGAGUUUUAACAUGACUGUUGGUGAAAUUAAAAGAAAAAAAGAAAAAAGAUUGCACUUUUAUCUGAAUAUUGCAGCUUUGCAAUAAAGUGUUACACAAUCCAA